GGAAUGACUUUGUUAUUCUUGUCACUAAUGUUGACAUGUCAAGACGCUAAACAUUGUCUUUAAAAAUUGCAAUAACAAUUUAUUCUGGGUUAAUAGUAUCAAAUAACUCUUCAUUAACUUUGAAAUACCUAAGUUUGUAUACCUACCUCUCAUCGCGUGAUAUAUAAAGAAACCCCAAAAAUAACCUCAAAAUGUCUGAUGAUGAAGAGAUUGUUUUACCCAAAAAGAGUAAACAGGUCCACUAUGGAUCUCUGGAGGAGCAAGAGAAGGCCAGACUGGCCGCUCUGGCCGCCGCCGCCAAGGAAGGAGUCGAGGAUGGCGCUGUUAAAGAGCUUGGAGACAUUCAAAUAUCCAGUGAAUACAUGGAGCUGGAGGAGGAAAUGUCGCGAGACAAGAAGGCGCUGCUUGAGGAGUUUGAGCGUAGACGGAAGGCGCGGCAACUCAAUGUUUCUACUGAUGAUGAUGAGGUCCGUAGGAGUCUCAGGCAGCUGGGCGAGCCAGUGUGCUUGUUCGGAGAAGGGCCUGCUGAGAGAAGAGUGAGACUGAGGGACUUGCUCAGCUACCUUGGAGAAGAUGCGAUAAACAAGAAGCUGGAAGAGGAAGAGGCGCGUAUCGAGAGGGACCGCGGGCGCGAGGGCACCUGGUACCACGAGGGACCCCCGGAACUGCGCCAGGCGAGGCUGUGGAUCGCGCGAUAUUCCCUCCCUAAUGCCAAAAAAAGACUGAGCAAGUGCCGCGCGGAGCUGCAGCUGGCGGGCAGCGUGCGCGCCGCCGCCAAGCAGGAGGCGCAGCGCCGCGCCGCCGCCACCGCCAUCUACUGCAGCCAGAUUGGUGACACCCGUCCGAUAAGCUCCUGCAGGUUCAGCUCCGACAGCAAGAUGCUCAUUACGGGCAGCUGGUCGGGGCUGAGCAAGGUGUGGUCGGUGCCGGCGAGCCGCCUCCUGCAGCAGCUCCGCGGACACUCCUGCAACCUCAGCGGCGCCGCCUUCCAUCCGCACGCCGUCCUGCCGCACCACUUCAGGGACAAGAUCGAGGAGGCUGCGGAGGCUGCGGAGGCUGGUGAGAGUGAGGUUGUACAGAUCAUGGACACAGGUGCAGGAGACGCGGCCGACAAGUCGGAGGCGUGCACGAUGGCCACCUGCGCGUAUGACGGCACCGUCUACUUGUGGAACUUCGCCAGCGAGUCCCCCCUGGCGUCGCUGCCGGGCCACAGUCCGUACCGCGUGUCGCGCGUGGAGUUCCACCCGUCGGGCCGCUUCCUCGCCGCCGCCGUGUUCGACCACUCCUGGCGCCUCUGGGACCUCACCACAGCGACAGAGGUGCUCCAUCAGGAGGGUCACGCGAAGCCCGUGUACUGUCUGGCGUUCCAGGGAGACGGCUCGCUCGCCGUCACCGGCGGUAUGGACGCGUUCGGCCGCGUGUGGGACCUGCGCACGGGGCGCUGCGUGAUGUUCCUGGAGGGACACCUGGCCGGCGUGCUGGGCGCGGACUGGGCGCCGCAGGGACACCAGCUCGCCACCGCCGCCGCCGACCACCAGAUAAAAAUAUGGGAUUUGCGACGACGAGCUCCGAUCUACACGAUACCUGCGCACACGCAUCUCAUAAGUGACGUGCGGUACCAGAGCGGCGGCGGGCACUUCCUGGCGAGCAGCUCGUACGACGGCAGCGCCAAGCUGUGGUCGCAUCCCGCCUGGCACCCGCUGCGGACCCUCGCCGGACACGACAACAAGGUGAUGAGUGUGGACAUAUCGCCCGACAGUAAGUACGUGGCGACCUGCUCCUACGACAGAACCUUCAAGUUGUGGGCGCCGGAGCUCGCGUAGAGCCACCGACCUGAGCAUACUGGUGGAACUGGAUGUCAUCGAAGAGCUUAGGCUGUGUUGGAGCAAGAGACGAAUGUGGACAUUUGGAAUUCGAGUGAAAAGGGGAUGAUUUUACGAAGCGAGUUUAUGUUAAAAGACAAGGUUUAACAAAUAAAAAUAUGUUGACCAA